AUGCGCAUGCAUGCGCAGCAUCAGUGCGCACCGAUAGUACCUGUCACGUACCUUGUGCCUGUCGUUUCUGCUCGCCGUCUUAUACGCUCGCAUUUGCGACCGCACCCUCAGUCUUGCAUCGUAUCCGAGCACGCACUGAGGUCCUCGUCCUAUUUGUUAUAG